AUGUCUGCCUACCAGGCUGUGCAUCAAUAUGCCCCACAUCUACUCCAACGUGUUCCUGUCCUUCGUUUAACUGAUGAUGGCCUUGUCGAUUAUGGAGAAGAAGCCCCUGUUCCCCAAGCCCCUCCUGCUCAAGCCCCUCCUGCUCCACAAGGUGUACCAGUGGACGCUGGAGCUGCUGCAGCAGCAGCCGAAGUAGAGAGCGUCAAUGAGAGUGAAGGUGAUGCCGAGGGGGUUCUCCAUGGGGACAUACCCAUACCUGAGGGAUGGAUAUCGUCCACCAACAACAACAAGCCUAGCAUAUGGAUAAACAAACAGCAGUAUCGGUUUAAGAAGGGAUUGGAAGAUUCCAAGAGUCGAUAUGAGUGCUGUUCCAAAAAGUGUUAUGCCUCCUUUACGGUGCAAGUACGCAACGACCGGCUGUAUUUCACUAGGAGGCCAGGUGCGCAUGGAGCGGAGUGCGACAGAGAACCCGAUGAGGGAAGGGAGACGCAGACUCGUCAGAGGCGACGAAUCCAGGCAGAAGUGGCCAACAAUGGAAGAACGGAUGGGCUAGUCGAAGGUAUCAUUGCUGACGGCGGUUUGGCCAACACGACGCUGCGGGACCAGCGGAACCUCGAGCAGGUAGCCUAUCGCGCUGCCAGAGCGCAAGGACAACCGGCUGCGCUAAAGAGCCUCGAUCUGGAUAGAGUUGGCUAUUAUCAGGAUUUCGUUAAUUUGGUGCAGCGAGACGUCGACAAGUGUAGGGGAAAUGAUCAACGACUUCUCUUACAUGCCGAUGCCGGUCGGCCAAUGAUCAUAUGGGCUGCAGACCGCAAUAUCAACGCAUUAAAUGGUAGCAGUGGUCUUAUUUUUGAUGCUACAUUUGCCGUGGCGCCCAAAGGAUGGCAGCAAUUGUGGGUCAUUCUUAUCGAGAAACAGGGGUACUACAUUCCGGCGGUCUUCAUUCUAAUGGCGCGGAGACCAGGAAGAGUAUGA